AUGCGCCUAUUUACCGGGCGGCCGUCCGACUUCGAAGGCACAAGCGUAAAAGAAGAGCCCACAUCUGCAGUCUGCACCAAAUCCGCCUCAAUAAUACCUACCUACACCAAUCCAUCCUCGAUAGAUCUCCCUACUUAUCCCAUUCAAAUCCCUCCAACAUUUCGGACACCUUCAACAAGUACUCUUGGAAGAGACAGCGGGGUCUUCGCUAACACGUCUCCUGCUUCUGCUCAGGCAAAAUCGGUACUCGAGGACUUUGAGCUAAAGGCUUCGUUGAUUGGCGAUGGAUUCCCUAGCAGGGACCAUAAAACCAUGGUUCAGGCUAUGUUUCUUGAUAAUAUAUAUUAUGCGACGGCGAAAUUGCAUAGACAUAAUUGGAUACUGAAAGGUGGGAAUGAGAGGUAUAAAGAGUUGAAAACGAUGGACCGCUGGGACACCAUUCACGAAGACCUUGAACGAUAUGUCAAGGCAAUUGAAAAUUACGAACGCUGGUUGAACUGCAAAGUUCAAUACACUGACGUGGAAACAACGACUCAGCCACCUAGUAUUCGUGUUUGGGGUCGUACAUUGGCAAUUUUGGAGUGCGCUCAGCAUUAUGCCAACAAAUCAGGAAACAAACUUUCAGCAGCAGUUCUCGAGGAAUUGUCUCGACCACUUUUCAAAUCUCGCAAUCCUCUAUUAGGAAAACUACACACUGCUUGGACUCGACCCAAGACGUUGGGAAAGGCUGACAAAGAACGGACGGAAAGCCAGCCUCGACUCUCCAGCAUCGUGCCUAAGUCCAUAAUCGCAACCAUUGCUGGAGCUGCUCUAGCUGUUCCGGUCUUGGUUAUGGUACUUGACCCGAGAAUGAUCACUGCUGUGUUUGUAACCAGUACUUUCGUUAUGGUUGUGGGGUUGAUUUUGGCGUAUUGGAUGAGUGAAGCUCAGAAGCAGGAUGUUUUCACUGCGAUGGUUGUCUAUGCAGCUGUUUGGACGGUAUUUUUGACUUGUGAGAGAGGUCUUAGAGGAUAG